AAGAGAACCACGUCACUUCAGAGAAAAGGACACACACGUUUAACUUCGGCUUCAGGAAACUGAACGAGAGGUAGAAAUGUGGCGGGAUUUAAACUUUUCAUAAAGUUUAAAGAUACUGAAAGAUAUUGAGAAGCAGACUGAGGGAGAAAGAGAGAAACAUCCGCUCCUUAAUCCUCGGCAGCACCUGAUCUAAACAUGAUGGAGGAAGUGCUAUUUGUGGAUAAACAUCAUAUAGCACUAGUCCAGAGAGUAAAAAACAUUGAACCAAUUCUGGAUGGACUGCUCUCAUAUAAAGUUAUCAAAAGAGAACAUUAUGAGGAAAUCCUAUCCCUCCAUGGCCCUCGGGAGAAGAUGAGGGCUCUCCUAAGUGGGCCUUUGAGAGUCUGUGGACCUGGAGGAAAAGAGAUAUUCUACAAACUGCUGAGAGAACAUGAGUCACAUCUCCUCGAUGGCCUUUGUGAUGACUCUGAGAAAUAUAAGAAGAAUAAGAAAGACAUGGAGGUAGAAAGCAUGAUGGCUCAGAAGAUACUUCUUGAAUCAUUGAAUGAUUUGAGUUCAGAUGAGCUUAACCAAUUCAAGUCACUCAUUGAAUUAGAGGAAAGUUUCCCACUGAUCCUAAGGGGUCGACUCAAAGCGGCAAACACAGAUGAAACAGUGGAUCUGAUGGUGAAGACGUUCAGCGGAAAGUGUGUGAAUAUGACCAAAACGGUUUUAAAGAAGAUGAACAGGACUGAUCUGGUGCAGAGAUUGUCAGACAUCAGCUCAGGAACCAAAGAGGAACCGCUUCCUUCUCUGAUCCAGAGCGUGGAAACGAUGGCGUCUGUCAUAGAGCUGCUUCUGGAAACACUGAAAGAUUUGAGUGACCAGGAUUUAGAGAUUUUUAAGAGGGUCCUGAAUAAAAUUCUCUCUGGCAAAGGCUACCCAGACAUCUCACCAAGGUGGCUAAUGAUGAGAGACAGGCAGAACAUGGUGUUUUAUUUGGUGCAAGAUCACAGCCAGCACAGACUGCUGGAGAUGACCACUGAGGCUUUUGAGAAGAUGAACAGGACUGAUCUGGUGCAGAGGCUGUCACAAAGCAGCUCAGGACCCAAAAAGAAACACUCAGAGGCACAGCGACCUGCAGUGAUCCAGAAAGUAGCAACAAUGGCAGCUGUUAAACAUCUGCUUUUGGAAACUCUGAAUGAUUUGAGAAACGAGGAUCUAGAGAAAUUCAAGCAGACCCUGGAUUUAAUUGUCUCCAAGAAGAAGCCGAGAUAUGUUUCAUGUAGAUCCUCACCAGGCAGAGCUGAAACAGUGAAACAGAUAAUACAGAUCUUCGGCCAACAGUGUGUAGAGAUAACCAUGGAGGUUUUGAAGAACAUUAACAGGAAUGAUCUGAGGCAGAGGUUGACAAAGCCCAGCUCAGAACUCAAAGAGAUGUACUCUGUGGAUGAACAUCGACCUGCACAGUCCGAGGGAGUACAAAUUGCAGCAGUAAAACCGAUCCUUUUGAAAACUCUUAAGGAUUUGAGUGACCAUGAGCUCGACAGAUUUCAGUGGUUGCUGCCGUUCACGUACUUCCAGAAGAGCAUAUACUUCUGUUAUGGAUAUCCCAAUUGGACAGAAAGUGCUCUCCAGCUAGUGGAUCAGAUGAUUGAGACCUGUGGUCCGCAGUCUGUGGAGGUGACCAGGGAGGUUUUAAUGGAUCUGGACAGAACUGAUCUAGUGGAGAGAUUAUCAGAGACUAUCUUAAGACUCAAAGAGGAACCGCUUCCUUCACUGAUCCAGAGAGUGGAAACGAUGGCGUCUGUCAUAGAGCUGCUUCUGGAAACACUGAAAGGUUUGAGUGACCAGGAUUUAAAGAGUUUUAAGAUGGUCCUGAUUGAAAUUCUCUCUGGCAAAGGCUACCCAGACAUCUCACCAAGUUGGCACAGGAUGAUAGACAGGCAGGACAUGGUGUUUUAUUUGGUGCAAGAUCACAGCCAGCACAGACUGCUGGAGAUGACCACUGAGGCUUUUGAGAAGAUGAACAGGACUGAUCUGGUGCAGAGGCUGUCACAAAGCAGCUCAGGACCCAAAAAGAAACACUCAGAGGCACAGCGACCUGCAGUGAUCCAGAAAGUAGCAACAAUGGCAGCUGUUAAACAUCUGCUUUUGGAAACUCUGAAUGAUUUGAGAAACGAGGAUUUAGAGAAAUUCAAGCAGACCCUGGAUUUAAUUGUCUCCAAGAAGAAGCCGAGAUAUUUUCCAUUGAUUUGGAGUUCCUCAGCAGGCAGAGCUCAAACAGUGGAACAGAUGAUGGAGUUCUUCGGCCAACAGUGUGUAGAGAUAACCAUGGAGGUUUUGAAGGACAUUAACAGGACUGAUCUGAGGCAGAGGUUUACAAACUUAGAACUCAAAGAGAUGUACUCUGUGGAUGAACAUCGACCUGCACAGUCCGAGGGAGCACAAAUUGCAGCAGAGAAACCGAUCCUUUUGGAAACUCUUAAGGAUUUGAGUGUUCAUGAGCGCUACAGAUUUCAGUGGUAUCUGCCGUUCACGUCCUUCCAGAAGAGCAUAUCCUACUUCUGUCAUGGAUAUCCCAAUUGGACAGAAAGUGCUCUCCAGCUGGUGGAUCAGAUGGUGGAGCCUUGUGGUCUGCAGUCUGUGGAGGUGACCAGGGAGGUUUUAAUGGAUCUGGACAGAACUGAUCUAGCAGAGAGAUUAUCAGAGACUAUCUUAAGACUCAAAGAUAAACAUCCGUCCAAACCACCGAAGGAAGAAGUAACCGUGACAUCACUGGAGGAGAAGCUUCUGGAAACACUGGAAGAUUUAAGUCACGGAGAGCUCGAGAAAUUCAAGCGUGGCCUCCAAAGAAUCUCAAGUCAGAGAUUAGAGACGGCGGGGAGAGUUGAGAUUGUGGAUCUGAUGGUGGAGAUCUACGGCCAACAGUCUAUGGAGGUGACAAUGGAGAUUUUAGAGAAGAUGAAAGAAGACGAUUAUGGUCUGGAGCAAAAGUUGUCAAACAUCACUUUAGGAUCCAAAGGGGCUUCAAGAAGCUUGGAUCUUGAGGGUAUCGGAAAAAUGACGAAGGACUCCAGUGGCUGGACUAAACUUGAACCUGAGGUGAACAGUACAGAUGAAGAUGAGGCAUCAACUUACAGCCUAAAGUCUGAAGCGGGAAACUUUGAAUGCAGUGUCUCUGGCUUGCGCUGGGUCUGUCAGGACAAGGUCAGCUUUAAGUACCAGUUUUGCUCUUCGGAGGAACCCAUGAAGAGGAUGGAAAUGAUGAGAUACAUGCCUGCAGGUCCCCUGAUAGACAUCACAGUGAUUUCUGGGAAGUUAUUUGAAGUGUACCUGCCACACUGGAUCUGCAUAGAUGACAUCCCUAAAGUAUUGCAAAAGUUUGCAGUCCUGCACAUAGAUGACUGUGGAGAUGUUGUGGAAACAGUGUCUGAAGUCACAUCGUCCCAUGUCAAGCUGUCUGAACCAGUUUUCUCUCCAAGAGCGGUCCUGAUGAAAAUGGGCUUUCCAGUAAAAAUACGCUGUAACGUGUUGAUUUAUUCAAAAGCCUACGAAUCCGACACCGUUCUUCAUGUUUACCUGAUCCCGCUCGAUCCUGCUCUUAAAGAGACCAUCGACAAGAAAAAAAAAGACUUCAGAUUUAUCGAAAAGCCACGCCCAAACGAGGGCCUGACGCUGCACCAAGAUUUCAACCUCACAGCAGACAUAACAACAGACAAGAUUUCCCCAGAGAAAAUAACCCUCACCAAUGAUAGUCAAGAAAAGCAACACUCAAUAUUCUUUGACGUGGGCUUUGAGAAUCCAGACAGUAACUUCCACCUUACACUCUCUCAACUUAACAACGGGGAACCACAGUUACCACCAGUAUGGAGCUGUGUGAUUCGAAAAGAGGAAUCUACGGGUGGACCGUCCUCAGAAAAUGAAUCAAGGGACACUGCUGGACCCUCAGCUCUAGAGACAGCUCAAUACACCAUGGCAGACGGUGAGCACUUUGUGGAUAAACAUAGGACCGAGCUGAUCAACAGAGUGAACUGCAUUGCAGACAUUUUGGACCAGCUCCUUGAUGAAAAAGUCAUCACACAAUCGAGUUAUAGUGAAAUCCUGGUAAUCCCAACCACUAAGAAACAGAUGAGGGAACUCUUCAGUGGUCCCCUGAAAUCAGCAGGGCCUCAUGGCAAAGACGUCUUCUACAGAAUCCUUGAGAAAGAGGAGAAAUGUCUCAUUGAUGACCUAAAGGGAAAUAAGUGAAUGUUACGGAUAAAUCAUUUUUUAGACUAAACGUGCAUUGUGCCUCAAGAAAAAAAAGCGUCUUAAACGAUUACAAUGGGGAAAUAGUAAUGUAAAUGUCUCUGUGGGGGGUUCUAUCAAAUAGCUUUUGCACCUUCAUGUUUAAUCAUAGCUCUUGCCCUUUUUUUACACUUGGACCAGUCAUAUUUUGUAAAAUGAAUACGUUUUCCUGUAAGUUUAAAACCAGAUUCAGCAAACCACGUAAGUCAUUCAUGUGAUGUAAUGAUGUAAGAAAUGAUUUAGCGUUCUCACCUUCAUGUAAUGUUUUAAUCCAACAAAUCCCAGAUGGAUUGAGUCAGCUUUUAACCUAUUUUUUAUAAAUGAAAGGAUGCUUGAUCCUGAAUGAUUAUCCUUAGGCUUUGCAUGCAGAUUUUAAUUUUGAUUAUUGUCUUAUGUGCUAAAGGAUUCUCUCGUUGUGUUUUCCCUCAUGAAAAUAUUUUUACUUAUGGAGGCCAAUGUUUUCUAUUUCGAAAUACAUUUUCAAUAAACUCUUAUAAAUAUUACA